GCUAUCUUCUUCUUAAUCUUUUACGCGCUUACACAGAAACUCUCUCUCUCUCUCGACUCUCGUCUCAAUUAGGGUUUCGUUUUUGUUCGUGAACGAUCGUUUACGCGCACACAAAGAAACUCUCUCUCUCUCUCGACUCUUGUCUCAACUCUCAGUUAGGAUUUCGUUCUUGUUCGUGAAAGAUCGUUUUAAUUAGGGUUUCGUUUUUGAUCGUGAAAGAAAGAUGGUGAAGAAGGGAGGUACGAAGAGGAAGCCUGUGAUGACGAAGAUCACUGACUAAGCUUCGCGUGCUACUACUUUCACGAAACGCAGAGACGGUCUCUACAGCAAAGCGGCUCAGCUUUGUGUAAUCACCGACGCUCAAAUCGCAAUCUUAGCGACACCAUCUUCUUCAAACUCCAACGUUCCUUUCUUCUCGUUUGGUCACUCCUCCGUUGAGUCCGUGGUCUCCGCUUAUCUCUCCGGACAGAGACUUGCUCCUGUUUCAACGUGUGAUAAUACCAAAGCGACAAGAGAAGACCUAGGUAUCUGUAUGGCUCGCAAGGACCUAGGGUUAGGGUUUUGGUGGGACGAUGAGAAGCUCGUCAACUCGAAUGAUCCGGAAGAGCUUAUGGAAGCGAUGGAAUCUAUGAAAGUACUAUACAGCCGUCUCAAGGAAUUGGAAGAUCAAACCCUAACAACAACAACAACGAUCGACGAUGAGGACAUGGUUGAGAUUUCACCUGAGUCGGAUGAAUGGAGCGAGAUGGAUCUUCAUAAACUCCUCCAAGAUUGUGAUUGUGAAGAAGAGGAUCAGAAGCUGCCACCUCUUGUUAGCAACAGUGACAAAGAAGAAGAAGAGGAUCAGAACGUAUCUGUCAAAACCUGCAACAACAACAACUCUGUAUCAUCAUUACCAGCUGCAGCUGAAAAAAGCUUGGAAGAAGCGACGAUGGCUCUUGAUUUCGAUAGUAUUUUUGAAGGUCUGAUGUCCUAUGAUGAUGUGGAUCUCCUCUGGUCUGAUGACUUAUUGUUCAUGUAAUUUUUAGGAGAGUAUACGUUCGGUUUGGUCUCGAUCAGUUUUUCUCACAUGAUAGAAAAUUGAUCGAACUCAUACCGGUUUAUUUGGUUUGUAUAUCUUAUGUCUUAAUCAAGUGUAAUAAAAUGUUUAACAAGCUAAGUAAAAUUUGAGCUUGUGUA